AUGAGCACUUUGCCGCACCAUUCUCAAUCUUUCACCCGCCUGCACGGUCCGAUUCUUUUCCUGUACUUGCACUCGUUUCUUCUUUUUUUCCUCGUCCCCACCACUUCUUCCGUUGCCCUCUCGGCCGAAUACGUACUGCGGAAUGUCUUCCAACACAAAGAUCAGUGCUACAAAGACUCUUUCGUGUAUAUUCCGGCUGUCUCCACCCAAAAAUCCCCGUUUCACACGUUCUCGACCACGAAAGAGUGCGCCCAGCGGCUCAGAGAAGAAGGUGAGCGUUAGAUGGACCUUGUCAAUCAGUUUCUGAACGUCAAGCUUCAGAUCUGCCAGCCAAACUGCCAAAUUGUCCGCCGGGACUUCUGGAUCUGCAGUUGAGGCCGGUCUACGUGGCAAAAUCGCAAAUCAGGUGGGUCACAACCUGUCAGAGACUGUCUCUGCACAUUUCCGCUCUUCCAGCUACCCGUACGCGAACCUCAACAUCUCGGUGACCGCACACGCAUCCGUCGAGACCGUCGCCUUCCGUCUCCAAUGCCUCUCCACGUCCGACGGCUCCGACGUCUACUGCUCCAACUCGAAAGCGAUGUUCAUCGACGGCGUCAAAGAGUGGCCGUGCCGGGCGAUCCGACUGUCUCCAGAAGUCCAGUACCCUGUCCGAUUCUCGUAUUCCUGCUUCCGACUCACUUCGCACUCGAUCUACGCGAUAAACGCAACGGUUCUGCCGCAAAAGUGCCGCGCUUCCGUCAUUGUGACUGCUCCUAACUUUGAGGACCUCUUCCCGCAAGCGCUGGUGGAUCCGGCUGACGAAAAGGACGUGCACACCGAUCCGUUCUGGGCUCCGAUGCUCUCCGUUGACUUGUCCGACGAGCACGGCGUCUGGAUUCGGCUCGGCAAAGCGGAGCAUGCAAAGUGCGACCGAAUGGCUGUGAACGUCUACAAGGAGUAUUCGAACGACUCGCAGAAGGUGUCAUUUCUCGAGACGUUGGAGAUGAAAUGCCCGACGGACAGCGUGAAACUGGAGAAUCUGGCGGCCGGCCGUUACCUGCUCACCGCCUACGUGCCCAUCCGCGGCUGCAAGUUCAUCUGUGAACCGGCGGAUCGGACGUGCCGUCAGUGCCUUCGCACACACCUCAACCUCGAGAUUCCCGAGAAUCGAGCAUCGAUCGGCUGGCUCGCGGUGCAAAAGAUGAAGGAUCUGAGCUUCGAGAUCUUCGUCGCCUCGCUGCUCAUACUGUUCCUCCUCGUGACGGUCAUGAUCGGAGGUCUUCUGGUAGCCAUCUAUCGUCGGAGGAGGGACUCAAAACGAGUGCGCGAGAUUCAGCUGAGCACGUACGUCAAAACGAUGAUCGUGUACGUGGACGACAACGAGGAACACACAAAUUGCGUGCGAGUGAUGGUCGACUGUCUCCGACACUGUGCCACGUGCGAACCCGUUUUCGAUUUAGAGAAGCUGAUCACAGCAGAACGUUAGCCGAAACUUGGGCGCUGAAACUGACAAAUGUAUUUUCAGAACUGGUCCCCUCGCGUUGGCUCGUCGAUCAGAUGUCCUCUCUGCCCAAAUUCGUGAUCGUCAUCUCUCCGUGCGCCGAGAAGAUCCUCGACACGCGGGCCGCCGAAACGCACCGUCUCGUGCAGACCCGCCCGUUCCCCGACCUCUUCGGACCCGCCAUCGAGAUGAUCAUUCGCGUCUGUCGCGCUCUUUAUGCAUACAUUGUUCGAAUAAGUCACUGUUUCCAGGACGUCACCCUCCAUUCACCGGAAGCGCGCCAAAAGUACGUGAUCGUCCGCUUCUCGUACUCUCCGCCCGUCCCUCCGAAUCUCGCCGUUCUCAAUUUGCCCGUCUACAACCGUAAUAAUAUCUCCCAUUUUCCCUUCCGCCACACUCAUCUGUGCCCUUUUCAGUUCCCGAACAAUUUGGCCACCUUACCGCUUUCCUACACGAUCUAGAAGACGUCGAACAGAUGAAUAUCAGUCAGAAUGUGAGGAGAAUCGAUGGAUUUCAUAAAUAUUUAUAAUUUCAGUUAUCACGAGGACGUCUGAACGACUGGGAAACGGCGGUCCGACAGCAGGUGCUCUUCUGCGAGCAACAUCCGAAUUGGCUCGAAACCCGCUGGAGGCCGAAAGACGUCAGUUUAUUGGCCACUUUUAGAGUACACGUUUUGAUUUUUAGGACCAGCAGGCGGAAAUUCAGUUUAGCGAGCAAUCGCCGACGUUCCGCGCGAUCCAGACGCAUCAGGAUCGUCUGGAAGCCGCCCGAAAGUUCAAUAUCGAGCCGCCGAGAGAAGAUUCGGAUGAUGAGGUGAGAAAAGAGAAGAAGCACGGAACAGAAGAGACCUGGUCCUUUUUCAGCCCGCCGAACAGCAUCAAUUUGUUCUCUACCCACCUGGAAUGGCGGAUUCCGAUGUGGAAGACGAUGACGACGAGGACGGAGACGACGGGACGGAUCGGAACUGUUCCGACGAGACGGACGACGAUGCGCCCGACGAAUUGCCGCGACGGAUGCUGAUCCGCAAGAGCAAGAGUGGAAAAUAA